GGCAGGGCGGCCGCUUUGCUGAGGAGAUACCCACGGCCAAUAAAGAGUGACAAAGUCUGGAGACAGCAUGUCAGGCCCACCUUCAUUUGCAGCUCUUUAACUUUGAAAAGUCCGGGCUCCGUCUCCGACCCCCUACUGCCGCUCGCAGGAGUCCGACCUAUGGCCGCGCCGCUGCUGCCCAGCCUCCCGCCGCUUCCUCCGCCUCUUCCCAUCUCUUCUGCGCCUGCGCGACCGGAAAAUUCGCGAAGGUUCUUGAAACGGAACUAGUCGUUUCCGGAAGCCGGCAGCCGCCUUAGCGGUCGGACGGGUGCUGGAGACCGGGGAGCGGUGAAGGCGUCGUUUUGCGUUUCGUGGUGUCUGGGCCUUGCCUGUCUGUAACGGUUGGAAAAGAAAAUGGCUUUGCUGUGCUACAACCGGGGCUGCGGUCAGCGCUUCGAUCCCGAGACCAACGCCGACGAUGCUUGCACAUACCACCCAGGUGUUCCAGUCUUUCAUGAUGCAUUAAAGGGUUGGUCUUGCUGUAAGAGAAGAACAACUGAUUUUACUGAUUUCUUAAGCAUUGUAGGCUGUACAAAAGGUAGACAUAACAGUGAGAAGCCACCUGAGGCAGUCAAACCUGAAGUCAAGACUUCUGAGAAGAAAGAACUAUCUGAAUUGAAACCUAAAUUUCAGGAGCACAUCAUUCAAGCCCCCAAACCAGUAGAAGCAAUAAAAAGGCCCAGCCCAGAUGAACCCAUGACAAAUUUGGAAUUAAAAAUAUCAGCCUCCCUAAAACAAGCACUUGAUAAACUUAAACUGUCAUCAGGAAAUGAAGAAGAUAAGAAAGAAGAAGAUAAUGAUGAAAUUAAGAUUGGGACCUCAUGUAAAAAUGGAGGGUGUUCAAAGACAUAUCAGGGUCUACAGAGUCUAGAAGAAGUCUGUGUAUAUCAUUCUGGAGUACCUAUUUUCCAUGAAGGGAUGAAAUACUGGAGCUGUUGUAGAAGAAAAACUUCUGAUUUUAAUACAUUCUUAGCCCAAGAGGGUUGUACAACAGGGAAACACAUGUGGACUAAAAAGGAUGCUGGGAAAAAAGUUGUUCCCUGUAGGCAUGACUGGCAUCAGACUGGGGGUGAAGUCACCAUUUCAGUAUAUGCUAAAAAUUCAUUUCCAGAACUUAGUCGAGUAGAAGCAAAUAGUACAUUGUUAAAUGUGCACAUUGUAUUUGAAAGAGAGAAGGAAUUUCAUCAAAAUGUGAAAUUAUGGGGUGUGAUUGAUGUAAAGCGAAGUUAUGUAACUAUGACUGCAACGAAGAUUGAGAUCACCAUGAGAAAAGCUGAACCUAUGCAAUGGGCAAGCCUUGAACUGCCUGCAACCAAAAAGCAGGAAAAACAAAAAGAAGAUAUAACAGAUUGAGUGGGAGGCGGGGAAAAGCUAUUACCUAUUUCAAAAUUCUUAAUGUAUGAUGAAGUGGUAGCUUGCAGCUAUAAUCUUGUUUUGUUCUUGUGUUGUUGCUAAAUCUGGCAUUCAGGGUCAAGAUUUGGUUUUUAAAAACCAAAGUCGGUUUAUUUUUUUGUGCCUCCCAUCUUCCUUUUGAGUUACAUAAGAUUGAUUAUUCAUGUCUCCUCACUUAUAGAACCAUGGUUUGUCCUGUACUUCAGGAAGCUGGAAAAUAGCUCAUGAACAUAAUUGCAGUAUUUCUUAGUAUAAUACUAUGUUAAGCAGAGAAAUAUUAAGGACCAUUUUUUUUUCACAUCUCUAUUAUCCCAUAAUUAGUGUAAAGCAAGGUGAAAUGUCAAAUUUUUAAUGAGUUUUUUCAUGGAUUUGUGUUCCUAUAAUACUUGAAAAUAAGGAAAACAUGAAGCUCUGCAUUGUUUUUUUCCAUGUGGCAUGAUUACUUUUUUUAGGAGGCUUAAUUCUAAGGUAGUACAUAGUAAGUAGUUAAAGGGGAAUGUAUGCAUUGGUUAACAAAUAAGAAUUUGUUUACAACUUAUAGAAUUUAAAAAUUACAUCAAAACUUGAAUUGCUUGCCAAGCAUUAUGACUUAAGAAUAUAGGAAACAUAAAUAACAAGUACAGGGGCAUCAAUUUGGUUAAAAUUCCCCAUUUUAUAAGACGAAGCAAUAAUGUUAAAAAUCUUUUCAGAUUAUUUAAAUAUCUUUGUGUGGUGUAUGACUAAAUUGUACUUGAUUUACAGAUUAAACCCUCUUAAAAACUUUUAGAUCCAUAUAGAAAGAAAUUAUAUAUAUCUCAGCUCCCUGAAGGAAAGCUAUAUCUGUAAAAUUAUAGACUUAAAGGUUUGUGGAAAUACAUUAGGGGAUAAGAAAACUAAAUAUACAAACUUACCUUAUGACAGCUGUCUACUACAUGUUAAAUCAGCUUAAUUCUUUUGGAAUUUUUUUUUUCAUUAAGGUUUUCAUGAAGAGCUUCAUGAUUUUAGUGAUACAACGUUGAUUAUAUAUUGCAUUUUAUUUAUUAAAUAUAGGUAACAGAUCGUUUAUGCUAAUUGGACUGAUUAAAGGAUAAGUUAUUUUUUGAGGCAGUUCAGAACUCAAAAAUUAAGAAAUGUUUUGAAGGCCAGACUCUGACAGAACUUAAUAAGUUUGGGAAUUAAUUAGGCUUAUAUAAAUUAAAAAUGAAAAGGGUGGUUUAUUUCUCAAACCCCUUGAGUGUUUUCCUUUUCUUGGUAUCAAUGGAAUUCUCGUAAAGAAAAAUUUGCAGAAGUGCUAGUUAAUAAAGUGUAUAUAUCAUUCUACUACCUUAGCAAAUGACAAUUAGAUGUGGUUAUAUAAUUAUUAAAAGGUUAAGCUCUGUUACAAAUAAAGACAAAAUCUGGCAGCUAGACUUUCAUGUCAUUAAAAUGCCAUUACAAAUUUUUGGCAGUAAAAAUUGUACCCAAAUAGAAUGCAUAAAUGUCUAGUAUACUUCAAGAUUGAUUUUUAAAAGUUAUCUUUUAUAAUUUAGGAACCUGGGUUCAUUUCAGAGACAUAAAGUCUUAUUUAUUUGGGGAGGGGGGAAGGUUGAUACUUUGAUUAAAGGUAAUGAUUAAUACACCUUUUUUAAUGCUUCCUUCUUGAGGCUGUUUUCCCUUAAACAAUAUCUUAAUCCGUUAUAUGUGAUUGAACUAUUAUUUAAAGCAAGUGGAUUAUUGUAACCUCAGAUUCAGUUACAAGGCACUGAUUUUUUUAUAUACAGCUUGUGUAUUUAGUUUGGUUACAUUAGUAACCAUCUUAUUUUGUUUUUUAUUCCUAAGAGUCUUUGAAUUUGUUGUCCAGAUAAAAAUCUGAAUGAUAUUUAUCUUAUACUUAUCCAUAAAGGGACACAGUUAUAGUUAGGUAGAAUAUGUUUUACUAUCAGUUUGUCAAAAAGUUAAUAAAAAAUAUUUAAUUUUAUUGAAUCGUUUCUCUGGAAAUACGCUUUGUCUUUCUUAACAUUCAGAGAACUUACUGUAGCAAAGCAGUCAAAGCUAGGUGUAGUAUACACUUAGUAACCAGGUGUAUCGUGAACUUGGUAAUUAAACUCAACUCUCAGAAACCUAAAAUGUUAUUUUUCUUGCCUAUCGCAUUUACUUGUAUAAAGGAAGUCAUGUCCUAAGAAGCUGAGCUUUCUUUUUAGCCUCUUAUUUUGAGAUAAAUUUUAGAUUUACAGAAGAGUUGUACAAAACAGUAUUAUAAGAGUUCUUAUAUCCUAUUAAUCUUUUCCUUAUGUUAAAAUCUUAUAUUACCAUAAAACGUUUACAAAACUAAGAAAUUAACCUUGGUACAAGAAUACUGUUAAAUGAAGUAGAACAUUUAGUUUUUAACUAUUUUUAGUGGAACUCUUGAGGGUUAGGUCUUGAGACGACCCCUACUUUUUUUGGUAAUAAUUUGAGCUAUUAAUUUAUAAACAACUAAAAAUAUGAAUUGGAAUCAACAAAUGUUUACAGGUUGAUGGUGUAUAACUUUUUUGGUGUAACCAUAUACUGGCAAAGGACUAUAAUUAUUUUACUUUAUUAUAAUUUAUAUUCCAGGGAUUUUAAUUCUUACUAAAUGUAACUUUUUGAUUUUCUUUAGAAAAUUCUUCAACCAUCAAAGGGUAAAGAAAAUCUUAAUUCUUGCAGAUAUUGUAAGGGGACUUUGAGUUAUUGCCUCCAAACCUGUUGCUUUUUUAAAGAAUCAGUCAUUCCUGAACCUAAAAAUUCAUGGCAUGCAUACACCUAGAAUAAUUUAAACUUUUAAAAACUAGUUUAUGACGGCUGGUGUCUGUUUUAGGUCAUUUGGGUAUGUACUCUUCUUUAUUUUUUAACAGAUAAUUUUAAGUUACCUAUUUGAACAUUAACAGGUUUUUUGUUGAUGUUUUAUUGCAAAUUAUUUAGACGUGGCAUUCAUAUUUAUUAUUUGCUUUGUUCUCUUUUGCCAAUAUCAUAAUUUCAUGUCCUUGGUUCUGAAAUGCAAGCUAAGUCCACCUUUUUUUUUGGUUUUGUUGAUAGGGUUUUUGUUUCAUUUAAUUGUUUUAAAAGUGGGAGGUUGUUUUUGUUUUUGUUUUGUCCUUUACUGCUUCCCUAUUGCCCAGGUAUCUCAAAACUUAAAUUUAUCUGGUAGUGUUGCAUGGCUUGUGUUUGUUAAUUGUAGAUGCCUAUGGUUUUAUACAUGUGGCAUUAUCUUUAAAUACCAGACUCACAAAUUUUUUCUUUUACAGUUAUUGUUUGAUUCUAAGUUUUUAUAAAAUUCUUAGUUCUGAAAAAUUCCUUCAAGAAUAGUCUUUCUAAAGACUUUUCGUUAAAUGCUUAUAAUGUGACUUUCUUAGUUUUCUAGUUUAGUAGGCCAUCUUCAAUGUCCACUGAAAUGAAAUAAAACUUCCUGGAAGUCGUAAACAUU